AUGAUUUUGCUAGAUUCUCAUAAUAUUGUAAUAGAAGAAACUUUGACUCAACCAAUUGUAGGCCUUGAGCCUACAAUCCUUGAUAUGACAGUGGUCGAUUUUGAUGGUGUCUACUAUUACAUAUCUACUCCAAAAUCAAAAGAUGUAAUAACAUUUUCACUUUAUAUGCAAUGUUACAAAGAACUUGUUAAAUUUGGUGCUUAUGACAUGUUAAAAAAAGAAUAUGGUCAAUACAUUAGUUCUGAAAUAGAGAAUAAUUAUGAUUUUACUUUGGAAUUUGAUUUACAAAAGUUACCAGCUGAUAAAGAGGAAAGGGUAGCAUUAGUUAAAAAACUUUCAUUGAUUAAACGUAAUCUUUUGGCACAACCAUUUGAACGUGCAUUUGAACAACAAACUCAAUUCGAAGACCAAAAACAACAAAAUCCAGAUCCUGUUCUAAUGCAAAUUCAUUAUAGAGAUCAAGAAGCUAUUUAUAUCCAAGCUCGACAUGACAGGGUAACUGUUAUCUUCUCCACUUUGUUUAAUGAAGAAACUGACAGUAUCUGUGGAAAAUUAUUCUUGCAAGAAUUCGUUGAUGCUCGUCGUCGUAUUGAACUUCAAAAUGCUCCUCAAGUACUUUAUUCCAAUAAAGAUCCUCCAUUAGAAAUCAGACAUUUACCUGAACUACAAAGAUUGAAUAAUAAAGAAAAUGUUGGUUAUGUAACGUUUGGAGAUGUAAGAGAAAAAACCAUUUCUCAAAUUCAAUUAUUCAGAGAUUAUCUUCAUUAUCACAUCAAAUGCGCAAAAGCCUACAUGCAUUCAAGAAUGCGAGGACGUGUCCAAGAAUUCUUGAAAGUAUUGAAUCGUGCAAAACCUGAACUAACAACUGCCGAGAAAAAACAAAAAAAGAAUUUAUAA